CGUGUGUCAGAACUUCUUAUCGUCUCCCCUCUCACAAAAUUGCAGUCACGGCGUGGCAGUGUUCUGUUAGAGUACAUAUUAUGGCUGGUAUAUUCAGAUUGUGCAAUAAGUGAUUAGGGUCUAUGAUCAGCUACGAAUAAACAGUUGCCUGCGUUUAUAAACCAAAAACCUCCAAAUAUGGUGUAAAUCAUUCCACAAAGUCAAAUAAAAGAUGGUCAACUCCCGAAAAAAAUAUGAAAAUGCCAAGUAAAGACAUCAUUCAUUCUUUACUAACAAUAAAUGCAACACGAAAACAACUUUCAAACAGAGGGUCGAAUAUCUCUGAACACGACUUUGGUUGAUAACUCACGACCCACCAACACACCCACUGUGACUCGAGGUUACCUAUGGAAAUCUCGACGAAGUUUAUUUUGGGGAAAAAAUGGACACACGAGCUUGUAGCCCACCACCACAUACCGUACUUUGGCCUUCAGAUGAAAAAAAAUUUUACACGUUGCUGAUGAUUG